CUGAAAUGUGGUUGUCGCCGGGUGGCGAAAAGCUGCCCGAAAAGUCGACGACAACGUUCACAUUGCCGUUUACGGGAAUCGAAGUCACCUUGCACCUCCAGGACUUCUUCGGCCUCGGAGUUGUUUACGGGGCUUUAAUCGCCGGCGUAUCAUUGCAACUGAUCGGCCGACGCUCCAGCAUGGCGCUUUACGAUGUACUUCUUACGUACACUUUGGCGAUUCACGUUUGGCCCGGUCAAGCGUCGCGGCUGGCGAUGUGGAACAGAAUGUUUAUGGGCAUUGCCGUGGGCGCCUUGAGUGCGAUUAUACCGAUCUACGUCUGCGAGAUGUCGCACCAUAAACUGAAAAAUAAGCUGAUGCUGUUGUUGCCGGUGUUCGUCGCGGUCGGCGCGUCGUGCGGGCGAGCGAUCGGGUCGGCGGAAUACGAAGCGCCGUUACGGUCCCACGUGUUCGGCAACGUCGCGCAGUACGUGCCGUUGUUCGCGUGCUUCUGCGGCUGCUGGGCCACGGCGCACGCGUUCGCCUCGUGCCUGAUACCGGAGUCGCCGCACUACCUGUUGGGCGGCACUUGCUGGGACGACCCGGACGACGGCCGCGUGUCCUACACCAUGCUGAGACGAGAGCGAUUCGACGGCGGCCCUACGAAACGGUCGUCGGUGUCCGAACAGCAGAUACGACUUCCGUGGAACCCGUUCUGCGCACCAGGAAUUCUUUCCGACGGCAAAAAUCGCAAAGCUCUGUUGACUGGCAUCGGGUACAUGUUCGUCAAUCAAGUCUGCGGCAUUAACAUUUCGGUACCUUUCAUGAGCCGUGUACUCGAGAUGACGGGUAGUUGUGUACGUUUACAGACGCUACGGUCGUCACUGUCAAUCGAUGUUAUUCAGGUCAUUAUGGCGAUUAUUGCGAUGACCAUCAUUGAUAAAGUGGGUCGCAAAUUGUUAUUAAUAUUUUCGGUAAUGCUGAUGAGCGUUAGUUCCGGUGGUUUGGUUGUUUGUUUCGUUUUAAUGAAACUGAAAAUCGACAUUCCUGAUUCCCUCGAUUGGUUACCCUUGUGUUUGAUCGGCAUUUACAUUUGUGCUUAUUCAAUAGGAUUAAGCCCUAUGGCUUGGGUUGUAACGAGCGAGAUAUUCUCGAUUCAAGUCAGACCAUACGGGAUGAGUAUAACCACUGCUGCCCACUGGAUGUCGGUGUAUUUCAUCUUGUACGUACGAGAUGGUGUUUUCAAUGCUGUAAAAGUCGACAAUUUCUUAAUUUCUAUUUAUGCGUUGGGCUUAUUAUUAGCUCUAUUUUUUGAAUUCUUUACGCCGAAAAUGCAUGUUGGAAGUCUAAAGAUAUGAUUCAUACGGAUACCAGAUUACGGGGUUUAAAAAUGACUAUUGAUCC